AUGAAGGAGCGGAAGAUAAAUACCUCCCACUAUUCGCUUCUUAACCCCAUUCUCAUCACCCCACUCAUACCUUUAGGCUCACUCACAGCCCCUCACUCGCAAUCUUGUGCCGCUGAUAACAGCAGCGGCAAUAGAGACCGGAACCGCACCCGCACCCGCAUCAACCGGGGAAGGGACAGGGGGAGAUAUUUGCUGCUGGGCAGUUAUAUGUUCCCCUGCGCUUAGAGGGCUGCUAGGACCAGUGGAGUUAUCGCCGCGGCGACAGUGAGUGCGAUGACCGGAAACGGUAUGUCUAAUCCAUUCAAUAGAGUGACACCGACGUGUUUUCUUGCACUACAGGAGAUUGAACCCUACUAGCAGAGAGUAGACCAGACAUUCGCGGAAGUGAACCAUGCGUUGACCUCCUUCUGGACACCCAAGUCUUCGGAACGCAGACCUGCACCACCCUCCCGUCCGUGAUGCUCGACGGCUGGGGGCUGCAAUUCAACCGGUGUGUGCGGUUUCUUCGGGGGACCCUCGAUGAAAGCUACCUCCACGGCUUCAUCCUCAUCCACUUCUCUUGCAUCACGAAGUUCGUGGUAAAAGUUCCUGGACUACUACUGCAGCUGCCGUGCAACCUCCAUCCGUAUCAUCGCACACAUCGACAGCACCACGCUGAGCGAUGGGGCAUACCCCAGCGGCGGCGCACCACAUAUCGGCCGGAUAUCCUUCCACUAGGAGGUCAUCUUCGGGGUUGAGGCUGGGCGAGGAGUGGGGGAUGGGUUGUUGGGGUAUACCUCGCCGGGGAUCAAGUUGGGUGGGGAGCACACCACUUGGGAUGAGAGUGGUGAUGUGAUAACACCUGACGACAGCGUCCAUCUGCUGAGGGGGAAAUGUUCCCGCCACUAUUCCCCCUGAAUUUCCAUCUAGUUCCGGCAACAGUGCCUUUUAGACAUACUGUAAUAUUCUCCUCACAAUGUCCCGGAGAGCACCCGGGCACAGUUAUAUGCCCUCCAUGAUGUGAUACCCGUAAAAUUUGCUAAGUAAUGAACAUCCCCCAGGCUGAUUAAUACGGUAUUUGAUGCGAAUUUGCGAAGGCUCGUUGAGACCUUUUGGUGUGGUUGUUGCAAAGACACGAGGUAGAUCACUUAUGUUACGCAGAUUGUGGGGGUGAUUAAGCUUGGCGGUGUUCAUUGUGCGCAGGAGUUUAUAGUAAUACGACCCCAUAUUAUUUUGAUAGUAUCAUACUUGUUUCUGCCAUAGAUUAUCUGAAAAUCGGAUUGCCCCUUGCCGGUGAGGUGGUUACGUGGCACUGGACGUGUUUUCAAAUAAAUUUACUUACUACCGGAGUCUGAUAUAGGUAACGAAAUGGGGUCGGUCCCAGGGGUGCUGGUCUGGUUUGCGGAAAAACUUCUUUUAA